AUGACUAAUAAUAGUGAUAUUCUUAAUAAUGCACACGAAUUGUUAAAUGAGAAUGUAUCAUCAUCUGUGAGGUCCUCGUUGCCUGCAAAGGAAUCUUUGAAAACGCUCGACCCCAUCAAUAAAUACUCAGCAUUGCUUGUCCGGUUUGUUCGUUUCCAAAAAGCCUCACAUAUACCAGACAACAUCAUACGGAAUCAAACGCAAUUAAAUGGUAGAAUAAAGAAGAUUCUUCCUAAUGGUAUUAUCAAAGUUGAACAUGAACCAUUUGUCAAUAUUCCUUCCCUUCUUUCAUCACUCAGCAAGUCUCAAAAUAAGAAUAGAAUAUUUCGAUCGAACUUGAAUUUGGAAUUGAUAAGGAAAGGUUAUGCACGGGUGUUGGAUGGUGGUGAUGCCGAGCAUAUUGACGCCAUAAAGGCAUAUCCUUCCUACUCCAGGCUUGUAUCCAGACUUUUGGUUUCCGAACAGAUAGCUGAUCGCAGAGGUCUAGGAAUAUGGCAAAGAGAAACUUGGGUCGAAUCAAUAGCUGCUUACCCAUCACAGCUUUAUCAGAUCAUACGAAAUAAUGCCUUGACAAGAUUUAUGAUACUACUUGGAUUGAUUGGCAGUGAUGUUGCAAAAAGUGUGUAUCAUUUAGCAAAACGUGGUUAUCAUGCGUCCACAUUGAUGCUUUCCUACUUUGUUCAUUUGUACCGGUUAUUCGACACGUAUCUCCAUAAAAUUAGUUCGUUCUAUUUAAACGCAAAACGUAAAUUAUCAAAAUGA